AUGUGCCAGGCGUGUGGCAUAACGGGAUGGGAGGCCUACCAGUUUUCCGGCCGUACAGGUGAGCGUCGGUUCCCCAUCUCUCCAUCACACCCCUUCUCCCCCAUCCUGCGGCCUGCCUCUGUGCGCCCCUGCCUCUGUGCGCCCCUGCCUCUGUGCGCCCCUGCCUGUGCCAGUAUCGGGCAAUGCUACAUCAACAUCACAAGAGAAGAAGACGGGGAGACCUUCACAGCGUACGGCACGGACAACGACAACCCUGACAGCCCCCCUGCUGACCCCAAGCGCACCGCCUACCGUUACGUUACCGCGUCGCUGCUCGCUGGUUACACCUACCGGUUCACGAUCAUCCCUGCCCCCACCAACAGCCUCUUCUACCCCACAUGGGCUCAGGUGAUUGACUCCCCUGCCGCUGUGUGUUUCAUUGCCCCUCUCAUUGCCCCUCUCAUUGCCCCUCUCUCCUCAUCUGCUUUCCUUCAUCCUUCCCCCGCCUGCCCUUUCACUUUUGUCCCCUCUUCCUACCAGCCCGGCACAGGAGCCCUCAAAUACAAGACCUACAGGGACCCGUGCACAGGAGCCCUCAAGUACAAGACCUACAAGGAGUAUCUCUGCUCUUCCUCCUCCUCCUCCCCGCCUCUCCUGCAACUCACGGUCGGCGCCACCAGCUACGGCGCGCUCGCCACCAUGACGCUCAACACCUCCUCGCCCGCCUCUUGCUCUGCGUGA